GGCCACACCUCCUUUACAGUGUCACUCCUUUAUCACUAUGAAUGACAUCAUAAAGGCCACACCUCCUUGACUGGGCCACACCUUUAUCACUGGGACAGACACCACAGAGGCCACACCUCCGAUUGAUGGAUAUUUGUGUAUUACAUUUCCUCUCCAGAACAUCUCCACUGGGCUGAGAAGGACAUGGCUAAGAAGUGCGUACUGAAUGUCAUGGAAAAGCCUGUGAGCCCGAGCCACAUGUGUAUGGAACACUGGUCUUCUAGCGUUCUAAAGAACACGUUCUCCAGCAGCUUAGUCUUCCCCCAGAAAGACAAGGAGAAAGAAGGGAUGAGGCUCACGCACUCCCCCUACAGACAGUUUAAAAGAGCACAGCGCAUCGUCUCCACAUCUCCACACCAAGACGUGAGGUCUGUCGUUCUGAUCGGAUCAGGAAAUCAGGACAACAGAAAAAUCAGCCAAUCGCAGCUCUUCCAUUGUUCUUGGCCAAGGAGCAAUAUAGCGAUCAUUGGCAGUCCUGUCAGCUUGUCUCUUCGUCCUCAUAGCCAGCUGAAUAGAGCUUCUCAGCUUCGAGUCAAACUCCCGCAGCUGGCUCAACCCGGCAGUAGAGAUGGAGAGAACUCCGUGAGGAAGCAGUGCAUUCUCACUGCCAUUAAACCAUCCAACGUGGAAAGUGAGAAGGCUAAGUUCUUCAAGUCAGACUUCAGGUAUGACCCGCAGUUUGAGUACAGCAACCCAGCGUCGCCACAGGUUCUGGAAAAGCACAGCAAAGCCUCUGACCGCUUCCUCACACAGGCUGUGCGCAUCAUAGAGCUGGCUCUGAACACGUACGGAAAUUACGAGGAGUUUGAGCAGACCACUGGAGGAAGCUUGUUGACCAAGAGCCGAAUCUGGGCUCACAUCAAGAAGUACAUGGAGAAGGAAGGAUGUGUGGGAGAGAUAGUGGUGCACCUGACUGAUGACUUGCUCUCCAGAGCCUCCAUGACUAUAGUGAACGGCAGACCAACUCUCACCAUUAACAUCGCCAUGGCCAGGGAGCAGUGGCUCGAAGGCAUGCUGAGACAUGAGAUCGGUACUCACUAUUUCCGCAGCAUCAAUAACAGUCAGCAGCCGUGGAACAGCCCAGCCAAGCGGAAGAAGCUUGGCCUGAAGCCGGUCAAUCCCACCGAGGAGGGCCUGGCCAGCAUCCACAGCGUGCUGUUCAACAGAGACCCCAGGCUGUGGCGUGCUGCCCUGCUCUACUACACCGUCCACCAGGCGGCGCACAUGUCCUUCUCUCAGCUCUUCCACGAGCUCGCACGCUUCGUCCACGAUCCCGGCACACGCUGGGAAUAUUGCGUACGGGCCAAACGCGGCCAGACCGACACCUCACAGCCUGGCUGUUUCAAUAAGGACCAGGUUUAUCUAGACGGCAUCCUGAAGCUCCUAAGGCACAGAGAGAAGAUCGACUUCCAGCUCCUCACUGCACUUGGGAAGGUGUCCUACGAGGACAUGGAGCGCCUGAAGAGCCUGGCUGUGAUGGAGAACGUACGGAUCCCGCACUUCCUGCAGGACCAGGCACGUUACGACAAGCAGCUCCAGAAGAUCAUGAAGGUCAACCAGUUGACUGACGAAGAGCUCCAAGCGCUCAUGUGAGCACGUGAAGAGACCCCUCUCAUUCCCACAUCGACCUGGCCUGAUGAUUCUGUGCGCUAAUCAACCCUGCAUCUCUGAACCAGCCUACAAGUGAAGCUCAUUCAACCCAAGUGUCCUUUUUAAUCCUUUCAGAUAGUGUAUAUUUUUCUAAAGGUUGGUUCUAGAGAUAGUUUCCAUCAUCUGUGUUAAGGGAAACAGGCAUACCAGGAGGAACAUAAACACCAACUCAGUGCCACAUACACUACCUGCUGCGAUCAUCAAUUAUUAUUAUUAUUAAUAAAGGUAAGAUACUUAUCAGGAGAAAUAAAUACCUGCCAAUCCAAUUUGCCAGUCUUGCUCAUGCCAGUUUGUGGGCUUAUCCCAAACGCUAGGAUUCUUUUUGUAUUUCUACUACACUGUCAGCCAUUUUAGAAACAUCCCAAUCAGACCUCUUAGUAGUGUCUGUACUAUUUUAAUGGUUUGUACAGUUUUUCAAGCACUCAAUGACUGACAGAAUGUAUGUCAGUUGCGACACCAAGAAACAGCCGUCUGUUUACGCAAGUAAUAUUCAAAUGAUUGUGUAAAAGAUCCGUCAAUUUUGUUAGUAUUUUAUAUCUAAAGAUCUCAUACAUUAGCUUCAUUACUAGGUUAUAAUGGUGCAAAUUCAUGUUUACUAGAGACCCUUUUUUUUUUUUUGCUAGCAGUGUCUACUGGGCAAUUAAACCAUGAUGCGACCACCACCAUGCUUCAACCAUGGCGAUAUGGGUCAAUUUGCAGUUCUGCAUGCACUGAAAGUUUGCAUUUUUGACGAGAAGUUGAAGACAGUCAGGACAAAUCUGUUAGGCGCCUGGACAAUAUCAACUCUAAGCGUAAGCUAGUUAACCACUGAGGCUAACGGUAUAUCCAGGUAGCACAAUGGAAAAGCAUAGUAACAGUAAAAAUAAGAUGAAGCUACUGGGAAGAUUAGAAUUUUCUUUUGCCGUGUUGAUGAAUUAUGAACAAAAGCCUGAAUUCGACUUGCUGAUACUGUAAUUUGACGAAGCAUUGAUUGCUAACCAUUGGACUUCCACAGGUUCUACUGUAUCAAGAAGCAUCAGUGUGAGUCAAACUCGUCAAAUUAUUGAUGUCAUUCUGAAUCGUCCAAGCCAUCACUUCGAAAUGACAUCAAUAAUCAUCAAUGGAGCAUUAACUCCAACAUGCUAUUUAACACGAGCAAAUGCAAAAGUCUUACACAUGACCAAGAAGAGAUUUGAACGCUCACCUGACGUACAGUAUCAUCUGGGCAACGAAAUUCUCGAAAAAGCCGACCACACCAAAGACCUCGGUGUUACAGUCUCCUGUGAUCUGUCAUGGUCCAAACAUAUUGAAAAUGUGUGCCAAGGCAAACAAGACCCUCGGCCUGGUGAAGCGUACAUGUGGAAGACACAUCACUGAUAUAAGAACUAGGAAGCAUCUUUACUGCUUGCUAGUGAGACCACAGCUUGAAUAUGCUUCCUGUGUUUGGCCACCAUACACUGUCAAGCAUCAGCGACUCAUUGAGAACCUACAGCGACGAGCCACCAAGUUCGCUCUUAACCAUCCCAAGGACUUGAAAGGCUGUUCGUACUGGAACUCCAACCACUGGAACACAGAUGUCAGAUAUUUGACUUGGUCCAACUAUACAAGUUUAAGAAUGUACACUACCAUUCAAAAGUUUGGGGUCACUUUGAAAUGUCCUUAUUUUUGAAAG